CAGCUCUCAGCACUAUGUAUGUCAAAAAUGAGCUUUAGGUUUGAAUAACACUCAGUAUUUUCCUGUCAUCAGUUGGUAAAGGAAGUGGCUUUACUCUUUUAAUUUUUUUGAACAUACAAAGAUGAUUCUCCAGUACAGGGUGUGUCAGACUAAACAUAUUCUUCUUUUUAUCUCAGGGCUAUUUUUAGGAGUUUCACAAAUCUUGCUGGUGGAGGGUUCUGUUGCAGGUUCCUCAACACGCGCUGACCUAAAGAGUACAACCAUAACAGUCACAAAUAGUACAUCUAUAUAUGACUUUCAGAGUCAGAAUACAUCUACAGAAAAACCUAUAGACCAAGCAACAUCUGAAGCUACAAAUGGAUCUGUGUUUCCAGUCUUUCACACAGUUAGUGAAGCACCUGACAAUAGUGAAACAAUAACACAGCCUGUAUUUUCCACCUCGCCUGCAGAUACCAAAGCACCUGACAGUGGCAUUUCAGAAACUACUUCAGAUGAACUCUUCACCAACAACUCAACAACAGCUACAAAAGGCACGACAACUCCUCUAGGACAACAUUCAGAAACUGCAGGUGCUCUCAUUGGCUGUCUGGUGGGUUUGUUCUUUAUUAUCAUCAUCAGCUGUUUAGCAUACCAUAUAAUAAAUAAAAGAAAAAUGAGUUAUUCUUUGAACUACAACAAACAUCCUGAAGAUUCAGAGAUUCCACUAAACAACAUGAAAGCAUAGCUUACUAUAUACCUGCUUUAUGGACUAUUCACCCUGCAAAAGAAUCGUUCUCACAAAUGGAACAGCCUGAUGAUUUCCCAUUCCUACUUGUUUGUAAAUUACCAAUAUCUUAAGGAAUAAAUGUCUAGAGAAAUACAAUGAAAUUUAUUUGCAUCAGCAACCAUUUAAUAGCAUAGCUGUGUUAAAAGUGUAAAACGUGCAGUGAACAAAAUCAUUAUUAUUCUAAUUCUAAUUAUAGAUAAAUGUACAAAGUUGAUUAUUUGUACUAUAUUAAUGACAUGGCAUACGUAACACUAUUUCCAGGGUUCCUAAACUUAUCUGAUUUGGUAAUGUUAAAGCUUAAAGGAUAAGUUCACCUUUUAAAAAAAGAAUAAAUGCAAGUUUUUUUGCAGCCUGGGAAGCGUCACACCCGUGAUCAGCAGAUGCAAUGCAGGGCUCCUGUCAGUAUAAGGUGUCUGCUUGUACCUCAGGCAGUUAGACAAUGAUAGGAAGAAAUAAUUAACUACCUGAAGCACUUAACAGCACCCUGGUAGUUCAUUGAGAACUACAAGCCGUCACCCGCAAAGGCUUUCGGUACUUGUAGUGAGCAAAGCCCCGAACGACCACGCUCUUUUCAAAUAGUGACAGUGGGUGCAGGGAGAAGAUCCCCAGCCCGCUGUCACCGGGGGAUCAGGGAGUGGCUGCAGGAGUGGGAACAUGUUACAUGUCCCACCCUAAAAAUGGGUGGAACGUGUAAUAUGUUCCCAAAGGUGUACUUAUCUUUUAAGGUGAUUUUUUUUUUUUUUUUUUUUGUAAUCUGCCCCCAGUACAUAUUUUGAGUAAAAAGUGUCCCUUGUGCUGGUGACUGCUCUGUUCAUUCCUCUGUCACCCCCUGAUACCCCCAGCUGGGAUCUUCUACAGCUGCAGGGUAUACAGUUAAUACAAGUCACUAAAGCUGUCACAGGCAUUCGUCAAAGUGCCAGUUGUACCUGUCCAUUUCCUAUCCCCUGCUCCACUGAUAAAAGCUGUACUAUCACUUCCCACAAUGAAAAACUAUCUAUGAAAGGUGGAGGUGGAACUUCCAUUCAUAGAGCACUUUACAUUGGCUGGGUUUACACAUGUUGUCUCAUGUAAAUCAAUUCCUUGAUGAUGUCUUUCACCUAAUGGCCAGCUAUAAAGUUGAGUGGUGACUGGGGGAGAGGAGACAUAGGAAAUGCUUCUUCCUGCCUGCAACAGACUGCUAUUAUUCUCCCACAAUACACCCCUCAGCACAGUCACUAGCCUGGAGCUCAGUGACUGUUUUUUAGGGGCAAUUUUGUUAGUGUUUUCACCCAAGAUUCACAUAUUUAUCUGGUCAUUUAUAGAAAUGUAUAUAUCUUGGGUGAAAGUUGUGUUAAUCUUGGGUGGAAACAUUGAUAGAUAAAUCCCUUUUUGAUAAAAUGUGCAUUUUUUUAUUAUGCUGAUACUGUAUAUCAUAAUAAAUUUCUUGUAAAAUUA